AUGAACACUUUUACACCCAGCAAGAGGCUUAUCAAUUAUAAAUUCGAUGGAUACAAGCUCGAGACUAUCGCACAGGAAAAUGCGGUAUCUCGCUUUUCUCUACAAUUCACCCCAACCCAAGCGACGGUGACAGGAGGGACGCCACUCUCAUUCCAGGAGGUCCAAAGUCGCAUCACUCACAACCACCUCGCUGUGGAGAGUGACUCGGGUCGCGCCAUAUAUGUUGACUCUAGCUACAGGAUCAUCUUGGUUGAUUUGAACAAAGACAUGCUCGCACCUUCUUUCCGAAUUUUGCAUGAGUUACUAGCGCCCGUUCGAUCGGAGGCUACCCCUGUAGUUAAUAAGGAAUAUCCAUCGGCGGCUUUUAUAAGCCCCACGCUGGCCGUUGUUGCUGACGGUAACGGGUAUCUGUAUAUCUUCACAAUCAGAGAAAAUGGCGGCUCAGAGCCGAUCGGAGUGUACACCUUACCUCUGGGGUCUACAUCCGCGCCAUUUAGGAUCCACACUGUUCACAGAACAUCGCCAACGUCUGCUGUUGCCAUUUUAUCCUCAAGGUUCUACGGGGAAAGCGCCGACAAGGCAAUUCGGGGGAUGAAGCAUCAACCGACUGACUUUGAUAUAUGGGCUGUCAAUAUCAAUCUGUUGUCUUUGCAACCCAGCACGGAACCCCGCCACGUUGAUGUCCUCUGGCAUCGACGCGGUCAGGACGUCCCAAUCUUCGCGACUUACGUCGACUCCCUCCGUUCGCAUCUUCUCAUUGGUGGAAGUACCUAUCCUGACCCCAACGUUUCAACACUGAAAGCAUACGAACCAUCAGCCGAUGAAAUUGCACCCAUACCGAGGCCAAACGAGAACCUCGACGUACCGAGGCCUCUUCCCUUUUCUUGGAACCAAACCCCCAAUUCCGUUACCAUCGCUUUCCCCCUCCCGUCAGACACUCUAAAAUCUCAAAUACACGUGUCCUUCAGUUCAAAUGCACUAACGCUCAGCACUGACAUCACUACGUCAACGGCUGCUCCUCCUCCAUCGUAUCUCAACAAGCCACUUUGGGAUGGAAUCUUGUCUUCAUCCAGUUAUUGGACCUGGGAUCGAGAAGCCGAGCACACAUGUGGGUUACUGACCCUCUACCUGACGAAACGAAACGAAGGUACAAGAUGGAUGCAGGUCUUCGCUUCUUCUGCCAACACUGGCAUAGAGGAUCCCGAGGUUCCGGAAACCCUUGACCCUUCCGAGCUAUGGCAUAUCCGUGAAUCGCUUGAAAAAUACACAGCCGCUUUACAGACUGGUGAGGAUGUCAGUGGGCUCGGGUUGGGCCAGGGCGUUCCUAGUCUCGCAAGCGGCGAAAUGGACGAAGAUGUGGAUGCAUAUGUAGGGAGACAGGCGUAUCUCACCUGGGUAACAGGGGACGGAUCGACUCCUCCAUGGACAGACGCUGAGGACGUGCCGUUCCAACUACUUUCCACGCCCCUUCCAGGUAAAAUCAACGGCAGCUCUGGCAUCUCUUUGAUCGUUAAGAACGACCUUGACGGGAUAGUUUACACCUUGGACACUCAACAGCAACAACAAGAUGCGACACCUGUCCCUCGAUGGGUGCACGCCUCGACGUACUCCGCGCUUGCUUUCGUGUUGGCUUCAAAGCAGGACACCAGGUUCACACACCAUAUACCGUCCACCGCUGUGCUUGCAUUCGAAAGCGGCGUCCGUGACCGGGGUGGAAAUGUAUACAUCUACCGGUCAGCAUCCGUCAAGGAGAAUUGGGCCAAACAAGCUAUUCUCAAAGUUGACGACGGCCGUGGAGGGGCUCUUCUUGGCGUUGGGGCUCUCGCACACGCAGAUGGACGAAGCAUCGUAGUCUGCUUGACUGAGGGCGAGCUUGUCUUGAUAACAGGUGUUUGA